AGCGCACUGCGAAAGCCGGCUGAGCUAGUCUCGCUGCUGGGUGCGCGGCGGCGGAGAGCGAGGCCUGCUGAGCACCGCAGAGGCGCUGGCCAGCUCUGCGAGCUUGAACGCCGGAGCAGACGCGGAGCAGACGGCAAGCGGGCGAGCGAAUUAGCGGCUUCCUUCAGCAGCGGCACCGAAUCCGGUUGCCUUGAGCGUGAAAUCAUGACCACCCCAGGAAAAGAGAACUUUCGCCUAAAAAGUUACAAAAACAAGUCUCUGAAUCCUGAUGAGAUGCGCAGAAGGAGGGAGGAAGAAGGACUACAGUUACGAAAACAGAAAAGAGAAGAGCAGCUAUUCAAGCGAAGAAAUGUUGCUACAGCAGAAGAAGAAACAGAAGAAGAAGUUAUGUCAGAUGGAGGAUUUCAUGAAGCUCAGAUUAAUAACAUGGAGAUGGCACCAGGUGGUGUUAUUACUUCUGACAUGAUCGAAAUGAUAUUUUCCAAUAGCCCAGAACAACAGCUUUCAGCAACACAGAAAUUUAGAAAACUGCUUUCAAAAGAACCUAACCCUCCUAUUGAUGAAGUUAUCAGCACACCAGGAGUAGUAGCCAGGUUUGUGGAGUUCCUGAAACGAAAAGAGAAUUGUACAUUGCAGUUUGAAUCAGCUUGGGUACUGACAAAUAUUGCUUCAGGAAAUUCUAUUCAGACUCGGAUUGUGAUUCAGGCAGGAGCUGUGCCUAUCUUCAUAGAGUUGCUCAGCUCAGAGUUUGAAGAUGUCCAGGAGCAGGCAGUCUGGGCUCUUGGAAACAUUGCUGGUGAUAGUACCAUGUGCAGGGACUAUGUUUUAGACUGCAAUAUUCUUCCUCCUCUUUUGCAGUUAUUUUCAAAACAAAACCGCCUGACCAUGACCCGGAAUGCAGUAUGGGCUUUAUCUAAUCUUUGUAGAGGGAAGAGUCCACCUCCAGAAUUUGCAAAGGUUUCUCCUUGUCUGAAUGCGCUUUCCUGGUUGCUGUUUGUCAAUGACACUGAUGUUCUGGCUGAUGCCUGCUGGGCCCUCUCAUAUUUAUCAGAUGGACCUAAUGAUAAAAUUCAAGCAGUCAUUGAUGCAGGAGUAUGUAGGAGACUUGUGGAGCUGCUGAUGCAUAAUGAUUAUAAAGUGGUUUCUCCUGCUUUGCGGGCUGUAGGAAACAUUGUCACAGGAGAUGAUAUUCAGACACAGGUGAUUUUGAAUUGCUCAGCUCUGCAAAGUUUAUUGCAUUUGUUGAGUAGCCCUAAGGAAUCUAUCAAAAAAGAAGCUUGUUGGACAAUAUCUAAUAUCACAGCUGGAAACAGGGCACAGAUUCAGACUGUGAUAGAUGCCAAUAUUUUUCCAGCCCUCAUUAGCAUAUUACAAACUGCUGAAUUUCGGACCAGGAAAGAAGCAGCUUGGGCAAUUACAAAUGCAACUUCUGGGGGAUCAGCUGAACAGAUAAAGUAUCUUGUGGAACUGGGUUGUAUCAAGCCACUCUGUGAUCUCCUCACGGUCAUGGACUCUAAGAUUGUACAAGUUGCCCUCAAUGGCUUGGAAAAUAUUUUGAGACUGGGAGAACAAGAAGCCAAAAGGAAUGGCACUGGCAUUAAUCCUUACUGUGCUUUGAUUGAAGAAGCUUAUGGUUUGGAUAAAAUUGAGUUCUUACAGAGUCAUGAAAACCAAGAGAUCUACCAGAAGGCCUUUGAUCUCAUUGAGCAUUAUUUUGGAACCGAGGAUGAGGACAGCAGCAUUGCACCCCAGGUUGACCUUAGCCAGCAGCAGUAUAUAUUCCAACAGUGUGAGGCUCCUAUGGAAGGUUUCCAACUCUGAAGCAAUACUCUGCUUACAUGUUCCUGUAUCAAACCAGGCUACCCAGUCAAGUCCUCUUGUGGAACCCACAGUCCUCAUGGAGCUAACUUCUCAAAUGUUUUCCAUAAUACUGUUUGCGCUCAUUUGCUUGCCUUGCGCACCUGCUCUCUUACACACGUCUGGAAAACCUCUGGCUCUUUGUGGUGAAAUACCCUUCUAAAAAAGGGUAACCAGAAUGAUCCACUCAUUAGUGGAAAAAUCCUUAGGCUUUGGAGAUUUCUCACUUAAAUGAGUCAUGGGAAUAUACACAUAUUAAUGUGGCUCCCUUUUUUUGUGGGGGGUAAAAGAGGACUCAUUUCCUUUAAAGUGGGAAAAAAACUGACAUUAAAAGAUGAGACUUAACCUUUAUCUUGAAUUUCACACAACUACUUGCAACAAGGGAAAUGUUUAGACCUCUUGCGUACACUUCAGAGUACUUUUUAAUGAGUUCUUCCACAGUGAACCCUUGGAUUACCUGGUGGCUAGUUCUAGCCAAAUUUGCAUUAAUUCUUACUAAGAUUGGAUGGUUUUCUUUCUAUAUUGGCACCAUUUUCACAGAUAUUAAAGUUAAACCAUCUGCUCCCUCACCUUCAGCCUUCAGUGAAUGUGCUUUCUAGUUGUCAGGAAUGCUGAAGAAUUUACACUUUGACUCUUAAAUGUGAUACUGGGUUAAAAAUUCCCUUAGAGCAGAAAUGUGAGAAGCACAUAUUAAUUUGUAUGAUUAUUUUGCUUCUCUCUGGUCUCUUGUGUCUUAGGAUUUGGAAGUGGUUUGAUUCAAAUGCUGGUAUGAAGAAUCUUUAGUAAUUGAAACCAUAACCUGUUACUCAGUAAGAAAAAAAAAAUUGAAAAGCCAGAGGAAGGGGGGGAAAUAAAGCUCGAUUUGUGACUAGAUGCUGUGUUUCUGCAUUAGAAGUUUCAGGCUUUGUGGUCCUGAUCCAGGUCCUCAUUAAGUUGGAAUUCACCUAGGUGCUUUUCAAUCCUAUGAUUGGCAGAUAACACAUGCUUUUAAAGGAUACUUAGGGAAUUCCUGUACAUUGGGUGCAGCUUGAUUCUAAUUUAUUCAUGCUGCAUAUAUUAUACUUUUAAUGUAGCAUCCUUAAACAAGUAACUUUCUCUUCAAUAUGACCUGAUUAUCCCAAAUAAAGGCAGUGAUUGUUUUUUCCCCCUUAAAACCUAGCCAUUUCAUCUCCUAAUACCGCUGCUCAGUUAAGUCCAUCCCUGUUUCUACCCCACAUCCCCAACAAAACCAUUCUCUACUUUCUGGCUCAGUUAAUAAUGACUACAACCGAUAACUGCAAAUGGCGCUUCCAGUACUGUCUUCAGUGAUCCACAUUUGUGCUUGGAUUGGAAUGGAGGAGGAAAAAAAAAAAAGCUUAAUUGCCAAGAGAACUGCAGCUGAGUUCAAUACAACUUCUUGGUGCUAGUUGGCCAUCUUGACUCAAUGUUGGGACACACUUAGGAAAGAAGAAUUGUUUGUUGAUGUGCUGUUCAAAAUGAAUUCUGAAGGAAAAGCACACUUAUGUUUCAAAGAUUACCCUUUCAAAACCUCUUUAAUCUUGUCCUCUUUUAGAGUUCAUUACAACCCCAAAGUGUAAUUUUAUGGGAGUCCCCCCAACAAGCUAUUAUAUAUCUCUGGUAAAUCCUACUGAACAUUAGGGAUUCUCAGAGCUUUCAUACCUCAUCAUGUUAUUUAAGCAGCCAAUGUUUGUGACCUGAUUAUAAAACUUUAAAAAAAAAGUCCAUUCAAAUAGAUACAAAAACAAAGGACAUUUAUCAGCCAAGUGUGUGAAGCAUUCUUCGCAUCUAGUCUGUAGUUGUGUCUGUGCUCUGGAUGGAUACCUUCUGAUGUCUGUUAUUGAUGGAGCAGCUACUGCAAAACUAGUCAACUCCCAUCUAUAACCGUUACUUUUUCUAGUGCUGCUUUUGUGCUGAGAGAACAUUUUAGUUUACUGCACUUGACCUGUAAAAAACUUUGAUUCUUUGUAAUUAUAGGGGUAAAUUAGCUGGUUAAUUUAAAGAAAACUUUCAAUGUUGCCUUUACAUCACAUUAAAAUAUAACUUCUUUGAGAAGGGUAAUAGAUGCACUGAUUCCUAGUAAAAAUCUUGUUUUUAGCUUUGACAUUUUUUGGUGGCUGAUUUUUUUUUUUUUUUAAUUACUGGUAAAACGUCAUUUCUGUAGGAUGUUUUGAAAUGUUUACCUUCUAUUGGAUAAUUUGAAAAAUUAAGUUAAUUUUGACAAAUAGGAGUGAAUAAAAUAAAAGCACACAAAGUUGUUUCCCCCAGUUAGUAAGAAUAGUGUACAUUGGGAUUUCUGCUAGUGAUUGUAGGUAUCUCGGUGAAUGAAUUAAAACAAAUACCGUUUAA